AUGGAUGACCCGCUGGAGUGCAAGCACACCAUGUUUAAGGCAGCAAUUGUGUCCACCAGUGAUGCCCAGAAGGUGCUCGAUGAUGAAAUGCCUAGUGUGGUUUUGUGGGAUGAGGAUAGGUCACCCAGGCUCCACAUGAAUAGUGAUUUGUUGCAGCAGCUUGCUCAAGGUGGAGAAGACUUGAUUGGCAAACAAAACAAGCCAACCAUAGAACUAUUCUUCAUCGAUGAAUUCUGUCAUGUCCACAACACUUCCUUUAUCUCAGGGCUUGCUGAUGAUUCUAUUAAUGAGGUUUUCACAGAAAGGCCUCUUGAGAGGGUGAUAUGGGAUGAUGGCAAAGCAUCGUAUGAGCAGAUAGCAGCAGAGGUUCAGUCGGUGUCAAAGGAUACUGCACACAAGGUGUUUCAUGAAAUUGCAACAGAAAUCAUGUGGGAUGAGGAAUCGGGGCAUGACCUCAACUUGCAGGGUUUAUUGCAGCAUUUAGCUCUUGGUGAGGAGACGAAAGUAAGUACUGAACCCCCCAUCGAUGACUUGCUCACUCCUGUGAAUGACCGGUUUUCUAUGUUGGCAACUGGUGAGAAAAGAAUUCUAGUUGCGGAGCCAACUAAGGAUGAUAUGUUCUUAAAUCAACAACACCCACAGUCUCUUCAACUGGGCAGAGAUGCUGUGUAUGAGGCAUUUAUUGAAAUCUCUUUUGAGGAGAAGGUGGCAGCAAAACCAAUGAAAGAGGACACAGUGGUACAAGUGCUUCUUGAUGAAAUGCAUCGUGAGAAUGUGGUGUGGGAUGAGACAUCAACUAACCUUGCUGUAGUCUCAGAUGUAUAUUCGUGUGCACAUGCUAUUGAGCUAGACACCCAUGAUGUUCUUACAAAUGUCAGCAGCUUACCACUAUUUCUGGAGUUGGAUGCAUUCUCUGCAGGAAACAUGUUUGAGGGCAUGCUUAAUAAGGACAUAGACAAGGACAUAUCAGUUGGGCUUUACCAGCUGUACCAACCAUCAACAAAAGGUGCACAGCUAGAGGGCAGUAGUAUACCUCUCUCGCCAAUCAACAAAUGGUCUGAUUCUGGUGGUGAUCUUGAUUCAGUGGAGCUGCACAUGACGAGAGCAGAAAUAUGCCAGGUAGAGGCCAGUUUAAAUGAUGAGGGUAAUCUGAAAUAUGACUUAGGUGCAGCAGGGAGCACACAUCAGUUACCGGCCUGGAGUCAUGGAAUUUCCAGUCCAGGGGAAAGUGAGACACAGCUUGAGUUGUAUAGGAUGUCUGAUACACAAUGGGAUCCAGGAUUGUGUGCCCAGGAUUAUAAAUACAGAGUUGGUGUAGAUUUCAAUGAGCAUCGCACAGCUCUCAGGCCAUUGGAGAAAGCUCUUAUGCUGCAAAUUCAACAACAUCUCUCUGCCAAUGGAACUGAAAGAACCAUUGUCCUGACAGAAAUAAGGCUUUAUUGGGCUCCUUAUGUUAUCAGUUAG